AUGGGUAAUGUUUGCUUUGGGAAGAAGAGACACAACAAGGGAGUGGUGCACCCUGUAGUAGUUCACCGACGUCAAGCCGUGACAAUCAAGGUACGAAUGACCAAAGGCCAACUCAAGGGUUUAAUGGAGAAGGUGGAUACCGGUAAUGAUAUCGAUGAUACAGAAUUAGGCCGUUUGAUUGUUCAAGAAUGCUCUAAAGGGAAGCUUCGUGCUAGUGUUGUAGGUGCUGCAAAUGGGGAGAAUGAUCAUUCUUCCAAGUUUUCAAGAGGACAACAAGGUUUAAGGCCAAUUCAAGAAGAGAGUGAAGAAAGAUAUCAUGAUGUAUAG